AUGACUGCAUAUGAAAAUAGUGCCUUCAAUGGUAUUAGUAACGACACCGAUAGAGUCGAAAAAAGUGCUACAUUAUCUGGAGGUGCAGCUGUGAACAAAGAUCAAUUAGCUACGUAUGAAAGAUUUCUUCAAUUCCAACGUCUCAUCAAUUUAUAUGAUACUCAAAGUGCUGUAAUUCCGAAAAAAAUUGGUAAUCCUGCUCCAUUAGGUCUUUGCGCUUUUGCCUUAACCACAUUUAUCUUAUCCAUGUAUAAUGCUGGAGCAACUGUCCCUGUGACAGCACAUCCUGGUGUUGUUUUGGGUUCAGCCAUGUUCUUCGGUGGAUUAGUUCAACUUUUAGCCGGUAUGUGGGAAUUUAAAGCGGGUAAUUCUUUUGGUGCUUUGGCAUUUUCCGCUUAUGGUGGCUUUUGGUUAAGUGUGGCAGCAUUAUAUGUCAAAGCAUUCGGAUUUUUGGAUGAUUAUAAUGACGACCACGUAACAAUAAACAAUGCAUUGGGUGUUUUCUUUCUUGGCUGGACAAUAUUUACAUUUGCAAUGUUCAUCGCUAGUCAUCGAACAAACGGAGUAUUGAUGGCACUCUUCUUUUUUCUAACAUUAACAUUUAUUUUACUAACGGCAAGUAAAUUUCAAAACGACCAUUUAAAUUUGAAACGAGCUGCCGGUGCAUUUGGUAUUCUCACUUCAGCUAUUGCUUGGUAUGGUGCCUUUGCUGCAUUAUUGACACCAGACACGUCUUAUUUUGCCCUACCAGUUUACGAUUUGUCAAAAAAAGCCAUUAUUAGCACAAUUGUAUAA